ACGGCUAUAAAACUCCUCGGCAUUGGAUCUGGCGUAGUGACAUGCUUCAACUAGAAUGUCGCCAUGAUCUUGAAUCAUAUCAGUGUAUGGAUGCUGCCCUGGGCAAUGUCUUGCCAAUAUAAAGAUGGCGAGAACCCUCCUUGGGCAGCCUCAGGCAUGGACUUGCAGACGGGGACCUAUCGGACUUGUCGCAUAGUGAACGAUUAGAUACCAUCUUUUGGUGUUGGGAAAGGUUAAUCGAUAAUGGUCCGAAACGAGAACUAUCCAUCGUUUUCGUUUAGCGAUCGAAGUUUAGAGUAUUCAAGUCCUCUUUUGGCUUUGUGUCGCUAGCGCCCAUACCCUGUGAGGUUAGGCGCGCCAUGUUGGACGAGAAGAUCAUCUCAGUGAGAAGUUCAACCUAAGUUCAACCCGAGUUCAACAAAUGCGUUGCAAACGCAUGGUCUGCAAUUAUACUCCGCCUAUCUGAUAUCAAAGGUUUGUAUCUUUUAUACCAUCGAUUGCUCUGUUUUCUUUGUCUCUCUCUCUCUCCCCCCCUUUCCCUCUCUCUCUCAGGAGUUCUCGUCGUACCCAUGUCGAUACCUCAGACCCCUACUCGCAAAACUGACCCUAUUAAUUUGGCUCCUGAGCUGCAAGCUACUCCGCUCGGUCACGGCAGUUCGACUCAUGCAUCGUCGGACGGCUUCCAUGACUUAUACCAGCGUACAGUGCAUCCAUGGCUAUUUUCGGACAUAUCCAAACACAGGCAGACCAUAUUCGACCGGAUGAUAGCCUGGAUGUUGCAUUUCUCUCUUCCUACGGAAUUGAGAGACUCGGUGGAUCCCUACCAUCUCUUUGAUCAAUGCCUCGAUAAAGUGUUGCCCAUCUGUAACGACCAAGAUUUGCUCAAUCAUUUACAGGCAUAUUGCGAGGUUGCAGGGGGAGAAACGGCCAGAUACGCACCUUUCACGAACGCAUGCAACCGCGCGUUAUCGCUCUUGAAAGAAGUGGACGUACCGCAUCUCGGUAAAGGCUCACCGUUCGAGAUCCUUUUUCAACGCAAUGAUCCAAAUGUGCUCGACGGCGUUCACGGUGAUCUCAAGUCGAAACGUAAACCCGAUAUUAUCAUCACCAGCCUUGCCUGCGCUCGGCGCAUCUGGGGAGAAGGCACAAAUAUAGAAUGGAACGCUGCGAUCGAACACUGCCAUGAGAAGCCCAUAGACCUUCAGUGGCACGAUGUUUUGUGCUCAUGGGAGUUUAAGCGGACGAAGAAAGUAAUCUCGUUGCCCUCUAGCAAGUACGGCACUAAACUGUGUCGGAACAUCUCAUGUGUGAAUGACGUCGGCACCAUGGAUCCCCCUACGAAACCUGAUGUCCCGAGCCCGCAACCAAAGCCCAACCAAGCACCUCGGACGGAGGAACCGCCGCUCGUGCAAUUGGCGUCAUAUGCGGCUGAGAUGCUAUGCCGAGGUCCUGCAGUGAAUCACUGCAUAAACGUCCUUGUUGUCGAUGACGUGGCCUGGUUGUGGUGGUAUGACAGGCAGGGUGCUAUCCAGUGCACUGGAAUCAACUUCCUCGACGAUCUUCCACGCUUCCUCGUCCUCCUCCUCGUCCUCCAAAGAUUCUCCACCAUGGAUCUCUGGGGAUUCAAUCCCAUACUAGAUCCCAUUGUUGUGCAGUAUCACAGCGGGCAGCUACCUUUGAGUCAGAUGGGGAACAUUUCACAAGAGCCGUUCGACCUUGAGAUCCCUGUCGAAGGUGGCAAGAUCAAGGUUAACUUGGACCCGAAGGAGAAUGAGUACAGCCGACACACCCUGGUUGGGCGUGGCACACGUGUGUUCCAAGGGUCUGAGGGGAUACUAUUUCGCGACCCAGAUAAUCCUGAAGUUCUCAUGAACGAGAGGGCGAGACAUGCGGCUAUAAAGAUAUACUGGCCGGACAGUUCAAGGCCGUCGGAGCAGACGGUGGUUCAGAAGGCUCGCGAGGCUGCUGAAAAGAUUGACCCUGGUCUGUUGGACAACUUGCCGAAGAUCUAUGGCGCCUGCACGUUGAGCAAGUAUGAGACAGGUCAUAUCCGGAAAUUCCUUGAACUCUGGGAUCUUGAUAGCGGAACGAAAGAGCGUGUAUACCGUUCGCGAACGCUUAACGUCAUAAUAUCGGAGUGGUUGGAGCCGUUGUGGAAAUUGCCUCCGUAUAACUUUACGCUUGCAUGGUAUGAUAUCGUUAGAUGCCACUUUGCGAUGUGGAUUGCUGGUGUCAAACACUGCGAUCCUAGCGAAGGCAAUAUGUUAUACCGCGAGAAGGGAAACAAGAAUCAUGGGGUACUGAAUGACUGGGAUUUGGGCUCAGUUGAGGGUCUAAAUGAUCAUAAGGGACUAGAGCGCACCGGUACUGUUCCAUUCAUGUCUUUGGACCUGCUCAACCGUAAAUUCUGGCUUGGUCACAUUCGACGACAAUAUCGCCAUGAUUUGGAAUCGUUUAUUUGGAUGCUCCCCUGGGCAGUGUUAUGUUACCAAGAUUGCGAACGAAAGGAAACUCAGGACCCGAUCAGAUCUUGGCAGACAGGAAACUACCGGCAGUGUCGAAAAGAGAAGACCGACUUCUUCGCAUCCAUGGCUGUCCUGCAAGAAGACCGCCGUAUCCCGCCGCAAUGGAUGGCAUUUUGGCCGCUUUUGCGAAAUCUGAUGUACCGCGUCCAUAGGGACUUUCAGCGCAGGAUAGAGCUCGAGGGCAAUGGCUUGCUGCAAGAGGACAAAACCCCGGCGCAGGAGUAUGUCGAGCUACUCCAGUACAUUCACAAUUUCAUAAGGGAGCCGCCCUUUGGACCAUUGAAGAUUCCCUUUCCCGAUGACUAUCUCACGAAAAUCCCCCAAUUACCUGGCCAUACAGAUACAGAGACACCGCUUCGGGGCCGAGGUCGAGGCCGAGGGCGUGCACGGGGAAGGGGACGAGUUCAGGCGCAAGGUGGAGGGGGUGACAGAGGCCCAGGCACCACGGAAGCGAAUCUUGACUCCGAACGCAGCACUUCUGGAUCUCGACGAUCCGCUAGGAUUCAGGCGGAUGAGGAGAAGAAACGUCAGGAGGCGGAGGAGAAGAAACGUCGAGAGGCGGAGGAGGGGAGAAAACGUAGGGAGGCGGAGGAGAGAAAACGUCAGGCAGCAGAAACGAAGAAGAGGGGGAAGAAGUAAGCGUGUCUGCUGGUGAAUGGCUCGUUCGUGCAUGUGGCCACCCAGAAGUGAAAUGUUAGCCUUUAUGUCUUGAUUGUUCAUUCGCAUGUGCUCUUGUAGUACUAGGAGUGAUGGUGACUUCUAGCACUGUGCUUGUUAUUCCUGACCAGGUUUUCUGCAUAACGUCCAUCUACUCAAGCAGAUUCCUAUUACAUGUAAUUUGGACAACAAAAUCAUGGCAUAUUCAGGAAGAAACUACUGGAUAAGGCGUGCUAGGAAAAGAGCGGGACGGAGUCCCGCAUGCUUGGCUAAUUUUCGUGUAUAAGUAGUUAAUUAUCUUGUAUGUCAAUGUAUGUACCUCAUCCGUUUGCCUCAAGAGCUCAACGAGGUCAAACAUACCGAUUCGCUUUCCUCCCGCGCAACGUGUAUCUAAAUAGGCUGCAUUGUCGACUGUGCGGGAAAGGAAGCUGCCUUCAAUGGCAGCCUACGAACUGUUGCAGUUUAUUUUCUCAGCUUUGAAGCUACUGCGAGCUGCGGCUGAAUUUCGUCUUCUGCACAUGUCAUCCUUUCAUCCCGAUCUUUCCAGCCUUCUGGUUCUACUAAGUACUCGAGAGUCAGUAGUUUUUCCGAUGACCAAAUUCUUGACGAGGCGGUCGGCGCCCAUCAAUGCAUCACCACUGAUCAAAAGUUAACUUUAUUACUCCA